AUGGAGCGUGAUAGUGUGCUAGCUAGUUAUGGAAUCCCCAUCAUUCCUACAAUGCGACCCGCAAAUGGGCGUCGUCUAACUGCUGCAACGGACAGUAGCCGGACAAGUAAACGGUAUUCCGUUACCGCUUUAUACUCGAUGGCUGCGGAACAAGACGUCGAGGUAGAAGAUGAGUUGGCAAAAGCGCAAAAACGGUUAAGAGAACUUAAGAGUCGAAUAUCAGCACAAUCCAAAAAAAAUUUUGUAUUAGAGCGAGAUGUUCGAUAUCUUGAUUCUAGAAUUGCUUUAUUGAUUGCAAAUCGAAUUGCUUUAGAUGAGAGACAAGAAGUAGAAAGUCAUCUUGUUGAGGAAAUUGAUCCACAGGAGGGUAGUUUUCCGGAUGAUCGAAAAAUGCAACAAUAUGGAAAUCUAUUCUUUCUUCUUCAAACUGAACCACGUUAUAUAGCGAAUCUAUGUCGAUUAGUUAGUCUGGCGGAAAUUGAUACGUUGUUGCAAACGGUCAUGUUCACUUUAUACGGUAAUCAAUAUGAAAGCCGAGAGGAACAUUUACUGUUGACGAUGUUUCAAUCUGUAUUAUCAGCACAAUUCGAGACAACACUGGAUUUUGGUUCAUUACUUCGAGCUAAUACACCAGUCUCUCGUAUGAUGACCACAUAUACCAGACGUGGGCCAGGGCAAAGCUAUUUAAAAACAGUCUUAUCAGAACGUAUAAAUAACUUAAUAGAACAUAAAGAUCUAAAUUUGGAAAUCAAUCCAUUAAAGGUUUAUGAACAAAUGAUCAAACAAAUCGAAGAAGACACAGGAAGUCUACCACCUCAUCUUCCAAGAGGUGUUACGCCUGAUGUUGCAGCUGCAAAUGCAGAUGUACAAGAAAUUAUCGCUCCUCGGUUAAAGAUGUUGAUGGAGAUUGCAAACUCGUUUCUUACAACAAUAAUGGAAUCACGAGAAGAAGUUCCUUACGGAAUACGAUGGAUUUGUAAACAGAUUCGAUCUUUAACGAAGAGAAGAUAUCCGGAUGCUACAGAAUUCGCUAUGUGUUCGCUAAUUGGUGGAUUCUUUUUCUUACGAUUCCUUAACCCUGCCAUUGUUACACCACAAGCUUAUAUGCUGAUUGAUGGCAUACCCGGGAAACAUCCAAGACGGACAUUAACUUUGAUCGCAAAAAUGCUCCAAAAUCUGGCGAAUAAACCAUCGUACGCCAAAGAAGAAUACAUGAUGAUGUUGAAUCCGUUUGUAGAAUCUAAUAUACAACGGAUUAGUAGGUUUUUGAAUGAGUUAUGCGAGGUUGGAGAUUUUUAUGAGAGCUUAGAGAUGGAUCAAUACAUGGCUCUGUCAAAAAAAGAUUUAGUGCUGAAUAUAACACUAAAUGAAAUUUAUAAUACACACACGCUGUUACUUCAGCAUCAAGAUGUUUUGGCUCCAUCAGACAAAAGUCAUCUACGAAUGUUAUUGGAUGAAGUUGGCCCGGCGCCGCCUCAAGUCCCACGAAAAGAGAAUAGGACAAUUGAAUUGCCAUUGUUUAGUCGUUGGGAAAUGCCAAUACAAGAUAUUGCCACAGCACUCAUGUCCGAUAAUAAUGUAACACAAUUUGACAUAUUAUACAUGGAAACCAAAUCAAUAUUCGUACAACUAAUCCGAUCAAUUCCGCGAAUGGCUGAUCGACGACCUAUCGAACUGCAAUACAUUGCUGAAACGGCAGCCACAACAAAAGAUGCGACACUAGUUCGCAAGGGAAUAAAGGUCAAAGAAAUGCUUCGAGAACUGGAAGAAGCACAUAUAAUUGAUCGUAGCGACGGCUACCGUCUCAUGACGGAAGAAGUCGCUCAGGAGUUAGUUCAUCUGGGAAAUCUUCGCGAAAAAGUUCAAGAGGAAAUAAAGUCCUUGGAAACGGUGUUCAAAACUAUAUGUGAUCAUAAUAAUUAUUUGAGAAGUCAAUUGGAGAGCUAUAAAGCGUAUUUACAGAAUGUGAGGCUUCAGACGAAUAAUGGUCCUGGACCGAGUGUCGUUAUAGGUCCUGCUCCGCCAAAAAUUAAGGUUUUGGGUCCGUACAAGUUUACCCAUGCUCAAUUGGAGAAAGAAGGAAUUAUCGUGGAGACUAACAUACCAGAGAAUCGACGGCAAAAUAUUUAUUUCAAUAUCACUUCACCGAUUCCCGGUACCUUUAUAAUUGCUUUACACUUUAAAGGUCGUGAGGCCGCGAUUCUUGAAAUGGAUCUUAAAUUGGAUGAUUUAUUGGAAAAGCAACAAGAUAACGUCGUCUCACUCGAUCUGGAGUACGUCCAAUUGGAUGUGUCCAAGAUUCUGCAACUAUUAAACAAAACCUUUGCUAGACGAAGGACGUGA